GUCUAUAUGUAAUCGCAAACUCUAUGGCAGUACAAAAAAAAGUUUAUUGAAUGUUAGCAAAAUUUCCAAAAAAUAGUUUUUGAAUAGAUUAUUUACAAAAAAUAAUGGCAAGUAUAGAAUUGGAUAUAUGGAGAGGAGAAUGGGGUCUGGCUUCGAUUGAUUCAGAAUGUCUUAAAGUUUUAACCUAUAUGAAAUUUAUCGGAGUGCCAGUAAAAGUGCGGGAAUCAAACAAUCCAUUUUUCACACCCAAAGGCAGGCUACCAGUCAUGCGCGAUGGACGCACCGUCCUUACUAAUUUUGAAGAAGUUGUUGAUCAUUUAAAAACCUUGCAUUACAGCACAGAUGUCCACUUAAACACGAAGCAGGCAGCCGAAGCCAGUGCCUUUACCCAGUACCUGACCGAGAAACUUUAUCCUGCAUACCAGUUUGCGUGGUGGGUGGAUGAGAAGAACUAUGCAGAUUUGACUCGGCCCACAUAUGCUAAGGCUUUGAGAAUUCCCUUCAACUUCUACUAUCCCUCCAGAUACCAAACAGCAGCUAAAGAGAUGGUUGAUGCACUAUAUGGAGAGCACACAGACCUUAGAGAAAUAGAAAAAACAAUAUAUGGUGAAGCAGAAAAGUGCCUUAAAACCCUGUCAGACAGGCUCGGAGAGAGUGAAUACUUCUUUGGUAACCGGCCAUCCUCAUUUGAUGCCACUGUGUUUGCAUACCUGGCUCCUCUAGUCAAGGCUCCCUUCCCAAAUGCAACGCUGGCUAACCAUGUUAAAGGCAUUGCGAACCUCACUAGGUUUGUUGCGAGGAUUAAUCAGAAGAACUUCAGACAGGUUACUGAUGAAUACCACAAACAGAACGCAAAGCAGCAGUCAACGGGCACGCAGUCCGACCGCGAGGCGGCCAACUUCCCGCAUCAGACGCGGAACAAGCUGCUCGCGGCGCUGUUCGCCGCCAUCGCCAUGACGGGCUACGCCGUGGCCAAUGGCAUGUUCCAGGAUCUGAAAGAUUUCGAACACUCCCAAGACUACAACGAGAUGUUUGAGAAUGACGAAGACGACAACUGACGCGCGUGGGAGCGCUAGCGGCGCCGGCGCAGCCCUAGCACCCGCUCUUGCCGCCUCCUGCUGCAUUUACUCAACUAGUAUAUAUGUAUUAGUAUAAUGGCAACUCGACUUUAUCAGUAAACAAAGGCGCGAUUCUAAAUUAGUAUAAGUUAUCAAAUUUACCGCCUCUUUUUACAAGCUUUUAUUCAGUUUCACCUGUCCCAUUUUCUGUGUCGGUCUGUAAUAAAAUCUUGCAAGUUAAAUUUGACCCACUUCCCGGUUUCCAAUGAAGCCGAAAAUUUGCAUACAUAUGUAAGUCGGGUGACAAUGCGAUAUUAUGGUACCAUCGAGCUAAUCUGAUGAUGGAGACAGGAGGUCGCCAUAGGAACUUUGUGAUAAAACAACGCAAUCUAAUUGUCAGAGUAUUAUUUGCCUGUGGAAUGAAAAGUCAGCGAUAAAAGCUUGUUCCAAAAAAUUUUUUUUUUGCCAAAAGCUUAUUACUGAUAAAGCUGGCUUGCCUAAGCAUAAGUUGAAGACUUAACAAGUGCUUGAAGUGCUUUUCGUCUAUGACAGUCUUGACAUUAGAUACGGGUCCGCAAGUAAAUACAUAGCAGUCUCGCUCACACAUCGGAGGUAGUGAUAACCGCGGAUGUCAAAGUAAUCGCUUAAUCAGGGCGUGCGAGGUGGCUGUGUGGCAAAAAGGGGGUAAAAUGCCUAACUGGUAAGAAAAGAGGCUGGCAACUCGAGGGCAAAGAAGACCUUUGUAUGCUUUGUAUUUACGAACUUUCUUAUUAUUUCUACAUAGACCAAAGGCACACUUCUUAAGUUUUUGACUUUUUGAGCUAUUAGAGCUUUCGUCAACGAUUUUGCAAAGCAAUAAUUGAGAUAAAGGGAUAUAUGAUGUGUGAUGAUUAUUAAAAUGGAUAUUUAUGUUCAAGUCAAAUGGGCAGGCAGCGGAAGUUAAGUCACUUUAGUUCCUAUAAUCAUUUGUUUUAUUCGAAAUUAUCGUGUAUUCAUUCAAAAUUUAAUAUUGAUAGACUGGUUUUAAUGGAGAUGACUUACUCAUCUGUCAUUACACUAUAUUUUAAUUACUUUGUUUUGUUUAAAGCUGUGUCUUGCUUGGCUCAAAAAUAUUUUAAUGGUGACAUAUCUAACAAUGCAUUUAUAAUAGUUAUAGUGCUGUGUUAUGGUACAGGCCUCAAUUAUUUAACUGACAUUUUAUUAUACCGUUGACAUUAUGUUUCACGUUUAGUGUCUAUAUUUUUUAAUAUUUUUAAAUGCAUAUUCUCAUACUUCUUGUAUCUUUAACGGAAUAAAUGAAUACAUCUAAAGUGAAAUGAAAAAUUGCGAAAUUUCCAUAUGGAAUCAUUUCGGAAACUUCCAUCUCCACCCCCACCAGAGGCAACGCGCAUGUAACACCUCUGGAGUUGCAGGCUACAGAGACUGCUUACGAUCAGGCGGGCCGUAUGCUUGUUUGCCACUGACGUAGUAUAUAAAAAAAGUUCUUUUGAUUCCUGUAUUUUUUCCUGGUUUAUUCCAACUGUUUGGAAACUUACGCAACUUGCAAAUCUGUAGUGAGGUUAACGUGUCGUCAUUGCUUUUACAUUUGUAUUAUCAUCACAAUGUUGUAGUAAUAAAUUAACUAAAUUGUUACGUAUUUACGCGUAUAUAUACGUCGUUUUCUUUAGUACAAGUAGAGGAGCAAUCACUAUUGUAUUUUAACGAGUACAUUUGAUCACACAGUAAAAUUAAAUUAAAUUAAUCAUACUUAAUACACAUUUACAAAAUGGUGUUACAAUUUUUCUUGUGUCUUUUGUUGGUUUGUAACAUAACUUCAAGCAAAUUAGCGUUUCCGCAAUUUUUACUACAAUUUUAUUUAAUUGACUUUUAGGAUAUUCAUUCCCUGGUUUGAGGCAUGUACUAUGUAUGACUUCAGUGCUUUGUGUAAGUAGAUGUUAGAAAACGUUAGAUAUUUGAAUGAGAAAUAUUGUUGGUUGUUAACUUAUUCGAUAACGCAUGAAUAAAUACAUGCACUGUUGAA